ACUGCCCAGCUCUAUUGUAAACAAUGCAGCGUUUAAAAAAACCAUAUUUACAUUUAUUGUCGGUAAUAAAGUGCCAUCAUGGAUGUAGAUUGGAUCGAUGACGACGACGAACUAGUAGCGGCCUUGGCGGUACACGAACAGCAGAAAAUCGAGGAAAACGAUGACGGCGAUGGAAGUUCAGACAAAACCUGCGGGGGUUUCGAUGUGUCCACCGGGCACAACUGGAUCUACCCGAAAAAUCUGCCCCUGCGAACCUAUCAACAGAGUAUCGUCCAGUCGGCGCUGUUCAAAAACAUGGUGGUGCUUCCCACGGGAUUGGGAAAGACCUUUAUUGCGGCGGUGCUAAUGUACAACUUCUACAGGUGGUAUCCCAAAGGAAAGAUUGUGUUCAUGGCCCCCACACGGCCCCUGGUGUCCCAGCAGAUAAGCGCCUGUCAGAGGAUCAUGCCCUUCGCAUCGACCGAUACCGUGCAGCUAACAGGACAACUCCCGCGACACAAACGGGCUGAGCUCUGGGCCACCAAGAGGGUCUUCUUUGCCACCCCCCAGGUGGUGCACUCCGACAUGCUGGAUGCGGAUGGAGGAGCCACCUUUCCUUUCAGCUCCAUCAAAAUGAUGGUGGUGGAUGAGGCCCACCGGGCUAAAGGUCGCUAUGCCUACACCCAAGUGGCCGACUCUCUGAUGGCGCGCAACCGGAACUUCCGCAUGCUCGCCCUGUCCGCCACUCCUGGAAGAACCAUGGAGGAUGUGGCCGCAGUGUGCCAAAAUCUUUACAUAUCCAACCUUCAGGUGCGAUGGGACAACUCCAUCGACGUGCAGCCCUACAUACACAGGCGGACUAUUCGAACCAUAGUGGUCUCUUUAAAGGAGAGAAUCCUGGAGCCAAGGGAGAGGUUGCUGCAGAUUAUCGAGCCCUAUCUGCGCAGGCUUAUUGAAGCGGAAAUUUUCAGAGGCAACAAGGGAAACAUCAGCAAAAACAGUUUGCUCUUUGAGCAGAAAACCUUUACCGAACGCUCGGCGCAGGGCCAGCGCCAUCCAGAUCACAACAUUAUAAUGGAAAGCUUCGCCAUGUGCAUCAGCAUGUACCACUCACUGGAGUUAAUGGAACGGCACGGUCUUCGUGUGUUUGUCAACAAUUUUGAUGCAGACGAGGACGGGCGUGAAAAGUUUGUUCUGACCAGAGACAGUGAGCUAAGAAAUUUGGUAGAGAAGGUGCGGCUUGAACUGGGUGCCAAUCCGCUAGACUACACCACACAUACCAUGACAAACGGAGAAGUACCUCCGUUGCCCGCGGAUCUGGACUUUGGUCACGCCAAGUACGAAAAGUUGCGUCAGGUUUUGCUCCAGCAUUUUGAGUCGAAUGCAGAGUCUCGUGCAAUUGUGUUUUGCGAGUACCGUGAGUCCGUGAUGCUGAUCCACAGGCUACUUCUCCAACACAGGCCGGUGCUUCGACCGCGAUGCUUUGUUGGCCAGGGCAGCACGGUUGGAGCCAGCUACUCUCUCACCCAGAAACAGCAGCUGCAGAUUAUGUCCGACUUUCGAUCCGGCACCAGCAACGUACUGGUGGCCACGUCGAUCGGAGAGGAGGGCAUCGACGUGGGCGAGGUUGAGAUGAUUGUGUGCUUUGAUAUCUGCAGCUCCAAUCCUACAAGAUUUGUUCAGAGGAUUGGACGCACUGGUAGGAAGAAGAACGGAGAAGUGGUUAUGUUGGUAACCGAGGGACGAGAACAGCAGGUGCUGAAGGAAGUCUUGUCCAACAAGGAUCUGGUCAACAGGAAGUUAUUAAACUCAUCUGUCGUGAAAUCGUCGCUCUACGAACAUAACCCACGAAUGGUGCCAUCACAAUUUCAACCGAAAUGCGAAGAGAAGCACUUGGAGCCGGCUGUUGAAGAAAAGCCCAAGCCCAAGUCUUUUGCAGAGCCUAAAGAAGUCAGGAAACGAAAGCAAAAAACUGUAAAGUCUGGCAGCCUGAUGAAGUACUUCAAGGAAAAAAAUCCCUCCGAAAGUCAGCAAGGAAUCCUUGAGGGAAUGCAACCCUACAAAAUGAGCGAAGCUUCUCAGCAAAUGGUCAAACAGCAAGUUCUCCGACACAGUGUUAAUAUGAAGAAUUUCUUCAUUGAAUCUCAGGCCAGCUCAACUUUAACUGGCAGUCAGGAAGAUGUGCAACGCCUUCGAAAACUUACUCGACUCUUGCAGUCGAAAAAAUCAUUGAUUAUAGACUCCCAAGACCUUAUAAGCCAUCUGCAGGAUGAGCACCUACCCAGACCACUGAAGCUCUAUUUGCUGGAGAGAAACCGCAACUUCUUAAGGGAAACACAUUCAAAAAUCCAGGUCCAGAGCCAUUUGGAUAUUACCGAUGAUCGCUUAAACAGUAGACAACAGCGCACCAGAAACAAUUAUCAACUGCUCUUGGAUAUAUGCAAUGGAAGUGACAAGCUAGAGGAAAUGCUACAAGACGAGAAAAGUGUGGCAGAGAUCACCUUCAGAGAUCUAAGGAACCAUCGGGAUAAGCAGAGGGAAAGAGAGUUUGUUGACAUCUGUGAUAAGAUUUUCGAGGGUUUAGAUGAGCAAGAACUUAACUCUGACAACUUCGAACUGAAGCAAGACCUGCUGGAAAAGCUAGAGUUGCGGAAUUUGGAAGUCACAGUAAAUGAACAACUAGGUGGUAUAGAAACCUCCUGGUCAGAGGAUGAAUGGGAGGAACGGGAAAAUGAGGUGAAAUGUGAGUCCGUGUACCUGAGUCAGCAUUUAAAUUUUUCUGCUGCAAAUGCAGGGCCGCUUAGCUCAACCCCUUUGAGAGUAAAACACGAAAACAGAGAGAAUUUAGAACUUCCACAGGAGGAGGAAGAACUCAACUCCCGGAUUGAAGCCAUCGAUUUGUUUGACAACUUAGGUCGCUUAAACUCUCUAAUGAGCAGUGAGUCAGUUUUAAAGACUGAAGCGGCUGAAACAUCAGCUCCUACUCCCAGUGAAGGCUCCAUAUUAGAAUCUAAACUAAACUCUACCGUUGUAGAAAGCAAAAUAUACCCAUUGAGUUUGGAAGAAGCAAAGGUCAGUGCUGCGCCGAAUUCAGAUCUAAAGACACACGCAGAAACCACAAUUGAUGAUUUGCAUAUUGACUUAGAUGAUUUCUUAGAGCCAAUGGACAAGGAAGUUGAAUUAAUCUCUCAGAAAAAAAUAUUGAAGCUUAAUAAUUUGGUAGACCACAAAGCAGAUACAGGGAAGCUGAUCACCCACCAGAUAGGUGAAACAUGUCAUGAUGGGUUUGAGCUACUGUCCGAAGAAUUUCUAGAGCCGAUGCAAGAAGAAGUUGAAUUAAUAAGUCAUCAAAAGCUAAAAGGGUUGAAAGAUUUUCAAAUGCCAAUGGCAGAAGAACUAGUGUUAAUUAACCAGCAGAAGAGACAAAAUCUGGCUUCAAAUAUAGAAACGAAAGAGAACCAAUUUCACGUGAUUCAAUCUAAGAACAAUUCGCGAAACGUUUCCCCAGAUAUCUUUGCCUCCGAUUCCUUGUCGCCUUGGAAGCCUCAACGCAAAACUCUGGCCGCAAAAUUGGCAACAAAGACAGCUGGAAAAGCUUUGGCUCGCACUCCACCAAUUUUAGUUAGCCUCAACUCGCCAGAAAACCGAAAGCGCACUAAUCCUCAAACCCCAGAUAAGUCCCCAAGUAUAUUUGAUCUAUAUUUGAAUCGCAUGCGAGGACGCGGGCGUCUGGCUAAAGCUGCCGAGACGCUUCAUCGUCUGACUUCAAACACUUCAAACGCAUUGGCUAACGACGAAAUGGAUUCACCCAUUGUACGGCGUCCCCUAAAGCGCAAGAUUGUCAUAAGCUCCGAUGAGGAGGAGGAACAGGAGCCGCAGGUUGCGGAAACCCAAGCUGAUGGCUGCGACCAAAUUCCCGAUACGCAAAUGUCUGACACAUCCACGCCUUCCCCAAGACCUCGUUAUAAACGAAAUAGAUUUAACUCCUUUAUUUUGGAUGAGGCUGAUAAAAGCGGAUCCGAACAUGAGGAGGAAGCCGAGACCACUAUUGGCACAUAUUUGAAGGAUUCCGUGAUAGUUUCGAGCGAUGAAGACGACCAUAACGACACUAACACUCAUGCCAUUUACUUACAAGCAAUGAAGAGUCCCAUUCAUCGUCCAGGUGCCUUCAAAAUGCCCCCUCCACGAGUAUAUCGUGACGAAUCCUACAUAUUCUCUCAACCAGUGGAGGAUGAUUCCUCUCAGUACUUGCAGUGCUCCUUUGUCGUUGACGAUGAAAGUUCAACCAUAGAAGGGGACCGUAAUGUUGUUGAAUGUCCUCUUGAGAAGGCCGAACGCAUUCUAAAGGACAGGCGUAAGCAGCGUCGACAAGGUAAAUUGCCACCAGCACCUGUCAGCAAGCGACGACGGUUGCAAGCCAUGAGCACUUCUAGUGAUGAAGAUGAUGUAGUUUUAGUUAAUUAAGAAUGAGGCCACUUAAAAGUGUCAACGUAUUUAUAAAUUUGUGAUGAAACGCAUUAUGUCUUAAUUGUUAAUCCUUAACUGAUUUUAUUUUCUAAUGUUAAUUAUGUAAAUUUGUCAAUACAUGUUUGCCUUACGAAUUUAUUGAAGUCCAAAUAACUGUGUACCCUUGAGAAGUCACACGGAUACCAUUUCUUACACAAAGUAUAAUAUAUUAUUUUUACAAUUGUUGAAAUUAAAGUACCCUUAACAUGUUCAAAAACCAAACAAAUUAAUUUAUAUUUUUUGAUGUAUUGUAGAAACCAAAUCG